AUGAGCUCUUCCCGAAUCGAUUCAAAGAAGCCCGACAUGGCUUCUGAGUCUUCGAACCCCGACUCUCUAUUUUCCACCAAGACUCCUGUCAAAACGGCGAUUCUUCCCACCAGAUCCCGUAACAGCGAUAUCACGAUCGCAUUCCGGCAGAUUAAGCCCCGACAAGGCUCUCGAGAUCCAAUUAAACCCGUCAAGAGACAGCUCUUGUCUUCGCCUCAAAAGCCUGAAACCACUGUUAAACUGCCCGAAAGGUUCCAGAUUCUGGAGAAUUUCUUCAAUGGGUUGGAUACUGCAAUUAGAUUGCUCAAAUUAAAGGGGUCUUUGACGUCGUUUGCCAAUAUAUGUCCCAAGAUCGAGUCUCUUACUAAUCGGAUGUUCUCGUAUGAUCAUUUGGCUCAGAUGAAGCAUAUUUAUCCGGAAGCCAUUGAAGUAAAGAGAGUGUUGAACUGUGUUGAAGGCACUGCUUGUAUGAAACCCAGUCUUCACAUUAACUUAAACACCGACGAGGUUGUACUUGACGAUGCAAGUUGCGGAAGCAAACACAUGGGGCUAAGGAAGGUGUUCCACUCAAAGCUUGUAGAUUUUUACAAAGCUCAUCCUGAGGACGACAUUCCCAAAGAACUGCUUCCUGAACCGUUCAAUUCAGACUCAAAAAGCGUGGAGUUGGUAGAAUCUAAACUUGAAAAUGAAGGGUUUGAUAUUCAAAUGGAUGAUAUGGAGAAAGAACAAGAUAUAGUGGAGAAAGUGAUUCCAGACUCGAGUUUAUCGGAUGGUACUGAGGAAUGCUUGUUAUCACACACAGAGCCAAGAAUAGUUGGAACCCCAGUGAAGGAUUUAUCCACUCCCUCCAAGAAUCUAUCAACACCGAUUCGGCUCAUGAGUGCUACACCGACAUUACAGCCAUCUAGAAGGUGUAUUACGAUGACUCCGGACGACGAUAAUGACUCUGUUAGAUCAACAAUUUGUCUGGAAAGGCGACCAUCUCGCACUAGGUGUCUGAAUUUCGACACUCUCGAUGAAGAUGGAGUUGCGAAAGAUGACCACAUGAGUAACAAACUGGUUGAUGAAGCCCAUGAUGCUUCUGAUGAAGAUAGCCUUCUCUACUCAAUGAAAGAGGAACCAAAGGAUGAAACCGAGAAGCAAAAUUUAACUAAGCUUGUUAGUUUGAUUUAUAAACUGUUUCACUCGACGAAGCGAACGACCAUCACGAAGGAGGAGCUUCUUCACAAGCUUAUUGCAUGCCAAAUCAAUAUAACCGAUAGAAAGGAAGUGGAGGAACAGUUAAGGUUGAUGCUGGAGUUGGUUCCGGAUUGGAUCUCCGAAACAAAAGCAUCUUCUGGGGAUUUUCAUGUUCGCAUCAAUAAAACUUCGACUGCCGAAACGGUACGUGCAAGACUUGAGGAAGUAACUUCACAGGGCAUUUCCACCGUCUAG